AUGUUGUACAGUAAAGAGAAAUUAAAACUUACAGAGACUCUAAUCGCCAUGGAAAAAAAGAAAGCGUAUUGCACCAGGAUGGCGAAUUGUUUAAAUAGAGCGGACAUAAUCCGCGUGUAUGAUGGCCGGUCGACGUCAGCCCCCUCUAUCCGACUCCUAUGCAACGAAGGCGCAGAGUACGAGGUGCUGUCCACUGGGUCGGAGCUCUUGGUGGAGUUCGUGGCCAACUCAGACCGGCCCGGGAGGGGGUUUCGAGCCAAAUACCAGUUUCAGCCUGCGGUGGACGACACAUCGGUUGAUACGCUGAAAUACAGUAGGUUGGGGGGCAGCUCGUUCGGGACGGAGGUAGAGCCAAACGUCAGCGAAACCAGUGGCCAAAAUUGGAUGAAGUAUGCAUAAUGCAUUAGCGAUACGGAGAGCUAUGAGAGUAGACAGCAACGUCAUUAAAUAUGCAAACGCGAUUUGCCGUAACCGCUGUAAGGCGUGCGGAUAAUCUACCGAAUGUAAUAUAACUUCGACAGCUUCAUAAUUUUGCCGGCUAAUGGGGCAAGAAAUUUGAAUAUGGGCUGUGGUAGCUUUCCCGAGAAGUUCCGCUGCUGAUCAGAAAAAAGUGGGAAUUUUUCAAGUUCU